UCUCUCCAGCCCAGAAAUGAUGUUUUAACUCGUUGGAUUUGAAUGUGAAGCAGCUUCCUGUACCCUGUUGAACCUUCAUGGCCACAGCCUCAGGCCCUGCUGGCAUUGCCAUGGGCAGCGUGGGCAGCCUGUUGGAACGGCAGGAAUUUUCCCCCGAAGAGCUCCGGGCUGCACUUGCUGGAUCCCGGGGUUCCCGGCAGCCAGAUGGGCUCCUCCGAAAGGGCUUGGGCCAGCGUGAGAUUCUCAGCUACCUGCACCUCCCCAAGAAGGACGGCAAGACUGCCAAGCGGACACCUCGGAAUGAGCCCGACUAUGCCACCCUCUACUACCGGGAGCAUCCUCGAGCUGGUGACUUUAGCAAGACUUCCCUGCCAGAGCGGGGUCGCUUUGACAAGUGCCGCGUGCGUCCGUCCGUGUUCAAGCCUGUAGCGGGCACCGGGAAGGGCUUCCUGUCCAUGCAGAGCCUGGCGGCCCACAAAGGCCAGAAGCUGUGGCGCAGCAACGGCAGUUUGCACACGCUGGCCUGCCACCCUCCCCUGAGCCCGGGGCCCCGCGCCAGCCAGGCCCGGGCGCAGCUGCUGCACGCGCUCAGCCUGGACGAGGGCGGCCCCGAGCCCAGCCUCUCGGACUCCUCCAGCGGGGGCAGUUUUGGCCGCAGCCCCGGUGUGGGCCCCGCUUCCUUCAGCUCCUCCCUGGGCCACAUUAACCACCUCGGGGGCUCCCUGGACCGGGCCUCCCGGAGUCCCAAGGAGGCGGGGCCGCUGGCGGUGCUGAGCUGCCUGCCCGAGCCGCCGCCCCCGUACGAGUUCUCCUGCCCCAGUCCCGAGGACGUGGUGGCCGUGCUGCCAGAGGCCUGCGGCGAGCCCAAGAGGACCCUCGGCGACCCGGAUGCGCCCAACCCGUUCACCCAGGUGGUGGAGGAGCGCCAGCGCCUGUGGCUGGCAGAGCUGAAGCGGCUCUACGUGGACCGGCUGCACGAGGUGGCCCAGAGGGCCGAGCGCAGCGAGCGCAGCCUGCAGCUGCAGCUGUUCAUGGCCCAGCAGGAGCAGCGGCGGCUGCGCAAGGAGCUGCGGGCUCAGCAGGGCCCCGAUGCCCGGCCCUCCGGCUCCCUUCCCGAGCCCGACUCCAGCCGGCCAGAAGAGGAAGCCCGAUGGGAGGUGUGCCAGAAGACGGCCGAGAUCAGCCUCUUGAAGCAGCAGCUGCGGGAAGCCCAGGCAGAGCUGGCUCAGAAGCUGGCCGAGAUCUUCAGUCUGAAGACGCAACUCCGGGGCAGCCGGGCCCAAGCCCAGGCUCAGGAUGCCGAGCUGGCCCGGCUGCGGGAGGCUGUGCGCAGCCUGCAGGAGCGAGCCGCCCGGGAGGAAGCCCCCGGCCGCUGCGAGACGGACGACUGCAAGAGCCGAGGGCUGCUGGGGGAGGCGGGGGGCAGCGAGGCCAGGGAGGACGCCGAGCAGCUCCGGGCAGAGCUGCUGCAGGAGCGGCUCCGAGGCCAGGAGCAGGCCCUGCGCUUCGAGCAGGAGCGGCGGACUUGGCAGGAGGAGAAGGAGCGGGUGCUGCGCUACCAGCGUGAGAUUCAGGGGGGCUACAUGGACAUGUACCGCCGCAACCAGGCACUGGAACAGGAGCUGCGGGGGCUGCGCGAGCCCCCCACGCCCUGGAGUCCGCGCCUCGAGUCUUCCAAAAUCUGAGGCCAGCAGAGCAAGCUGACACAGACCUGUCGGAAGAUGCCCUGAGACAGCGAACUCCUUCCUGCCACUGGUCUGGGGCAGAAUCUGGGCCAGCUGAGGAAUCGGGGGAAGGCCAGGUGACAGACAGGAGGGAUCCAGUGAGCAGUGGGCUGGAUAAGGUGCAGGCUCCAGGAGUCAGGGCAAGGCCUUGCUGGCAGAGAAGCAUCCAGGCUGGGCCCAGCCCAGCUCCCUGAAGUGGGUGUGGUUCAGUGAACGAGGUUGUGGUGUCCAGAGCUCAGCGAAGCAGGGCAGAUGUGGGAGUGUGGCUGCAGACCUGGGCUGAGACCUUCCUCCAUGGGAAGAGCCUGGGAUGGGAACAUUGGCCUCCAGAAUAAAACCACAUUUUCUAUGA